UCAUCUCUCCUCUCUACCGCUUUUCUUAAUUCCCCCCUCUCAAAUCUCCACCCACCAUGACCAAGGCUAUCGGAAUCGAUCUUGGUACCACCUACUCCUGCGUCGGUGUCUGGCAAAAUGAUCGUGUUGAGAUCAUCGCCAACGACCAGGGUAACCGCACCACCCCCUCCUACGUCGCCUUCACCGACACCGAGCGGUUGAUCGGUGACUCCGCGAAGAACCAGGUCGCGAUGAACCCCCACAACACCGUCUUCGACGCGAAGCGUCUCAUCGGCCGCAAGUUCGCGGAUGCCGAGGUGCAGUCCGACAUCAAGCACUUCCCCUUCACCGUUUUCGACAAGGGCGGCAAGCCCUACAUCCGCGUCCAGUACCGCGGUGAGGACAAGGAAUUCUCGCCUGAGGAGAUCUCCUCCAUGAUCCUCACGAAGAUGAAGGAGGUCGCCGAGUCCUACCUCGGCGGCACCGUCACCUCCGCCGUCGUCACCGUCCCCGCGUACUUCAACGACUCGCAACGUCAGGCGACCAAGGACGCCGGCACCAUCUCCGGCCUCAACGUCCUCCGUAUCAUCAACGAGCCCACGGCGGCCGCCAUCGCGUACGGUCUCGACAAGAAGACCGUCGGCGAGCGGAACGUCCUCAUCUUCGAUCUCGGUGGAGGAACCUUCGAUGUGUCCCUCCUGACCAUCGAGGAGGGUAUCUUUGAGGUCAAGGCCACCGCUGGUGACACUCACCUUGGUGGUGAGGACUUCGACAACCGUCUCGUCAACCACUUCGUCCAGGAGUUCAAGCGGAAGCACAAGAAGGACCUCUCGUCCAACCCCCGUGCUCUCCGUCGUCUCCGCACGGCCUGCGAGCGUGCCAAGCGCACUCUCUCCUCCGCCGCGCAGACCACCAUCGAGAUCGACUCUCUCUUCGAGGGUGUCGACUUCUACACCUCCCUCACCCGUGCGCGUUUCGAGGAGCUCUGCCAGGACCUCUUCCGCAGCACCCUCGAGCCCGUCGAGAAGGUCCUCCGCGACGCGAAGAUCGACAAGGCCGCUGUUCACGAGAUCGUCCUCGUCGGUGGCUCCACUCGUAUCCCCCGUAUCGUCAAGCUCGUCUCGGACUUCUUCAACGGCAAGGAGCCCAACAAGUCGAUCAACCCUGACGAGGCCGUCGCGUACGGUGCCGCCGUCCAGGCCGCCAUCCUCACCGGUGACACGUCGGAGAAGACCCAGGACCUGCUCCUGCUCGAUGUCUCCCCCCUGUCGCUCGGUAUCGAGACCGCGGGUGGUGUCAUGACGCCGCUCAUCAAGCGCAACACGACCGUCCCCACGAAGAAGUCCGAGAUCUUCUCGACGUACUCGGACAACCAGCCCGGUGUGCUCAUCCAGGUGUACGAGGGCGAGCGUGCGCGGACGAAGGACAACAACCUGCUCGGCAAGUUCGAGCUCGCUGGCAUCCCCCCCGCGCCCCGCGGUGUUCCUCAGAUCGAGGUCACCUUCGACAUCGACGCGAACGGUAUCCUCAACGUCUCCGCGUCCGACAAGACGACCGGCAAGUCGAACCGCAUCACCAUCACCAACGACAAGGGCCGUCUCUCGAAGGAGGAGAUCGAGCGCAUGGUCAACGAGGCCGAGAAGUACAAGGCCGAGGACGAGGAGGCAACCGCCCGCAUCACCUCGCGCAACGCGCUCGAGUCGUACGCGUACAACCUGCGCAACAGCUUGACCGACGAGAAGCUCGCGGACAAGUUCGACGCGGCGGACAAGAAGAAGCUCGAGGACGCCGUGAACUCGACGAUCUCGUGGCUCGACAACUCGCAGGAGGCGUCGAAGGAGGAGUACGAGGAGCACCAGAAGGAGCUCGAGGCCGUCGCGAACCCGAUCAUGCAGAAGCUGUACGCGGGCGCGGGCGGCGCACCCGGCGGCGCGCCUGGGGGCUUCCCGGGAGGCGCACCGGGCGGGUUCCCCGGGGGUGCGCCCGCGGGCGAGGACGGCCCGAGCGUGGAGGAGGUCGACUAGUGGUCUGCGGACUAGCUGCUAGGGGCGUCCUCGGCCGGGUGCUGGGUGGUCAUGAUCUUCACGAGCUCUCGCGGACACGAAGUCAAAAGCAUUCGCAUGUACAUUAGGCACAUCUCUUAGACUCUUACGCUUUUUCUUAUCUCUCAACAUGUUGUGCGCGUGCUAUGACAUAGUUUCAUGCUCAACUUCUUCGCG